UAAUGACCAAUCAGAAGUCGAUAUUUCAGCCGACCACGCUUUGGUGCAGCCAUUUUGUUGGAGUCCUUUGUGCGAAGAAGUCGUCCUGUGUAAAGAAAGAACAAUUUUAAAAAUGGCAGAAGAAGAAACACCUAUAACUGAGCAGAUUGAACAACAAAAUGGUGAGGAGUUCACUGAAAACGCAGUAGAACCAAUGGAAGGAGACGAAUCUGGAGGUGGAGAUCAGGCCGAAGGAGGAAAUCCUGAAGAUGAAGACGACAGAAAACUGUUUGUUGGUAAUCUGAGCUGGGAAACUACACAAAAGGAUCUGAAAGACUAUUUUUGUAAAUAUGGAGAAGUAGAAAACUGCACAUUAAAGACCGAAAUUGAAACAAAAAGAUCAAGAGGAUUUGGUUUUGUUGUAUUUAAAUUAGCAUCUGUAGUGGACAAGGUUUUAGAAGAGAAAGAACACAAAUUAAAUGGAAGAACAAUAGACCCCAAAAAAGCAAAUCCAAGAAGAGAAGUGGUAAAGAAAAUAUUUGUUGGAAAAUGUGAUCCAAGCACAGAAGAAAGUGAAAUUAAAGAAUAUUUCUCCAAAUUUGGAAAGGUAGAGAAAGUGGAAUUGCCAUUUGAUAAACAAAAGGACCAAAGACGAGGCUUUGUGUUUGUUGAAUUUGAUUCUGAAAAGGCUGUAGAGAAAGUAUUAAAUGAAACAACACACAAAAUGGGCUCUCAAGAGUUUGAUGUAAAGAAAGCCACACCCACAAAUCAAAGCAAACGAGGAGGACGUGGUGGGUUCUUUGAUGGAGGAAGAGGAGGUAGGGGUGGUCGUGGAGGAGGGUACAACCAAGGUUACUAUGGAAACCAAGGAGGUGCUUAUCCUGCUUACAAUUAUGGUGGUUAUGGUAAUUAUGACAGCAAUUACUACAAUAAUUACGGAUACGGAUGGGGAGGAUAUGACCAGAGUUAUUAUGGUGGAUAUGGGGGUUAUGGAGGCUACGAUUAUGGCAAUGGAAGUUGGGGAUAUGAUCAAGGCCAACAACAGACAAGUCAAUAUGGUAAACAACAGAAAGGUGGUGCCCGAGGAGGCGGAGGAGGAGGUUAUCAUCCAUACAACCGAUCAUCUAUGGUAAAUUUAGAGUCGAAUACGGAAACAUUUUCAGAAAUGAAUCAGUCAGAGGAUGCAAAAGAGGCAGUAGAAGAAGUACCCGAAGAUGUUGUUCAGUUAUGCAGAGAAACAUUUAAAAAGACGGCAGAAUAUUUACAUGGAGAAUUAGAUGGAACCAUUGAAGAUUAUAAGUUACUAGAGAACAUGAACAGAAUUACCGUAAACAAAUACUCUGAAAUGAAAUCUACAGCUGAAGAUAUCGCAGGAAGAUUACAGACACUUAAUGAUAAAUACAAACAAUUACAGCCAUUCCUAGAUCAGAUUGAUCAGAUAGAAGAAAGUGUUAAUACUUUAGAGCAGGCAGCAUACAAACUAGAUAACUACUCAAAACGUUUAGAGAACAGAUUUAAGAAUUUGGAGAGGAGAUAGCAGACAUUCCAUUUAUGUUUUCCCACUUACUGUUAACUUAUGAUAUAUUCAUUAUAAAUAAUUUGAUUGUGCAAUAGAAUUUACAUUAAAUGUAAUAUAAUACCUUGUGAUAAA